AUGUUGGGUGCAGUGAGAAGUGAUGAAACAGAGGAAAAUGGAAGAAUUAAUGGAAUAGAAGAUGAUGUAACUGAGACCCCAACUCCAGAAAGAUUUGCCAAGAGUAAAGAGGAUGAGGUAGAUGGAUCACUGCUUAUAAGCAAGCAUUUGGAUGUGGUUAGGAGCGAAACUGAAGAUGAAGCUGAAGGAACUAGAUUGACAAGAAAGUACUUGGAUGUGAUUAAGAACGACAGUGAGGAAAUUGGAACUCUUGCUGAAAUAGAUGAGCAUAUAGCAAAAACUGAAAAGGAAAAAUCUGAAUUGCUUUAUCGCCGUGAGAUUUCAUUGCAUCAUGAGCCAGAGAUGGACGAAUCUUCAGUUAAAAAGUUGGAGCUGGAUGCUGAUAUGCGCAGGCUGCGGGUGCUUGGGAAUCUAGCCGAGGAGAACUUUUCAAGAGGGUAUAAGAUGUUUGUUUAUCCUCAGGUAGUGAGCCCUGGUCAAGAUAUUGAAUUGCUCCUAAAUCGAAGUCUCUCCGCUUUAAAAGAUGAACCAAAUAUUCUGAUCAUGGGAGCCUUUAAUGAUUGGAGAUGGAAACAUUUCACAGUAAAGUUGAAUAAAACUAAUCUUAAUGGAGAUUGGUGGUCUUGCCAGCUUUACGUUCCUAAGGAGGCAUACAUGAUUAAUUUUGUGUUCUUCAAUGGGGGAGAUGUUUAUGAUAAUAAUGAUGAUAAAGAUUAUUUUAAACAUGUGGAAGGUGGAAUGGAUGUCAAGGCUUUUGAAGGUUUCUUGCUUGAAGAGAAAAGAAGGGAGCUUGAAAGACUUGCUGCAGAGCAAGCUGAGAGGGAAAGACAAGCACAAGAGGAGAAGCGAAAGGAAGCAGAAAGGGCUGCAAGAGAAGCUGAUAAGGCACAAGCUAAGAUGGAGGUUGAAAAUAGACGGGAAGCUUUACGUCAGUUAAUGAAGAAUGCUGUAAGAUCUAUUGAUUGGCAUAUAGAGCCUAAUGAGUUUAAAGGUGGAGACUUGGUCAGAUUAUAUUACAACAAGGACUCGGGUCCUCUUGUUCAUGCUAACGAACUUUGGAUCCAUGGGGGGCACAAUAAUUGGAAUGAUGGGGUGUCCAUCAUUGGAACACUUAUCCACUCUAAGCGAAAGGAUGCUGAUUGGUGGUAUGUUGAUGUUGUUGUACCUGAUCGAGCGCUCAUCUUGGAUUGGGUUAUUGCUGAUGGACUUCCCAAUAAUGCCUACGUGUAUGAUAACAACCACUCUCAAGAUUUUCAUGCUAUUGUCCCAAAGGGCAUACCUGAUGAAUUGUAUUGGUUUGAAGAAGAGAACCGGAUAUAUAACAAACUUCAGGAGGAGAGAAGGUUAAAAGAAGAGGCAAUACGUGUUAAGGCUGAAAGAACAGCGCACAUGAAAUCUGAAAUAAAGUCAAGAACUAUACAAAAGUUCUUGUUGUCUCAAAAGCAUAUAGUGUACACUGAGCCAGUUGAUGUCCAAGCAGGAAGUACUGUGACAGUUUUUUAUGAUCCUUCAAACACAGUUCUGAAAGGAAAACCUGAAGUUUGGUUUAGAGGCUCAUUCAACCAUUGGACCCACCGUAAUGGUCCAUUAGAACCUCAAAAAAUGUUGCCUACUGAUGAUGGUUCAGUUGUCAAAGCCACUGUUAAGGUUCCAUUGGAUGCACACAUUAUGGACUUUGUUUUCUCUGAGAGUGAAGAGGGUUGGAUUUAUGACAACAAAAAUGGGAUGGACUAUCAUAUACCUGUCUUUGGAGGAGUUGCAAAGGAUUCACCAAUGCAUAUUGUGCAUGUGGCUGUUGAAAUGGCCCCAAUUGCAAAGGUGGGAGGCCUUGGAGAUGUUGUCACUAGCCUUUCUCGUGCUGUUCAAGAUUUAGGCCACAAUGUUGACAUAAUUCUACCAAAGUAUGACUGUUUGAACCUUAGCAAUGUAAAGGAUUUUCAAUUCAGUUGGAGCUAUCAUUGGAGUGGAACUGAAAUAAAAGUUUGGUUUGGAAAAGUAGAAGGCCUAUCUGUCUACUUUUUGGAGCCUCAAAAUGGACUUUUUUGGACAGGUUGUGUAUAUGGUUGUAGUAAUGAUACGGAAAGGUUUGGUUUUUUUUGCCAUGCGGCUCUUGAGUUUCUCCUCCAAAGUGGAUGGACUCCUGAUAUUUUACAUUGUCAUGAUUGGUCUAGUGCACCUGUUGCAUGGUUAUUUAAGGAUCAUUAUAUGAAUUACGGUCUCAGUAAAGCUCGUGUUGUCUUCACCAUUCAUAACCUCGAAUUUGGAGCUGACUUCAUUGGAAAAGCAAUGGCUUACUCAGAUAAGGCUACAACUGUAUCCGACACUUAUUCAAAAGAGGUUUCAGGAAAUUCAGUGAUUGCCCCUCACCUCCAUAAAUUCCAUGGUAUUUUAAAUGGAAUUGAUCCCGAUAUCUGGGAUCCGUACAAUGAUAAAUUUAUUCCUAUAUCUUACACCUCAGAAAAUGUGGAAGAAGGUAAAAGGGCUGCAAAGGAAGCCUUACAGCAAAAGCUUGGUCUGAAGAGAGCAGAAGUUCCUUUAGUAGGAAUCAUCACUCGCUUAACUGUUCAGAAAGGAAUUGAUCUUAUCAAGUAUGCAAUCUCGCGCACACUUGAGCGCAAUGGACAGGUUGUAUUGCUAGGUUCAGCUCCAGACCCUAGAAUACAAAAUGAAUUUGUCAACCUGGCAAAUCAUUUGCACUCUACACGUGGCGACCAUGCGUGUCUUUGUUUGACCUACGAUGAACCUCUUUCACACUUGAUAUAUGCAGGUGCUGAUUUCAUUUUAGUCCCCUCAAUUUUUGAGCCUUGUGGACUGACACAACUUACAGCAAUGCGAUAUGGUUCAAUACCUGUUGUUCGUAAAACAGGAGGGCUAUAUGAUACCGUAUUUGAUGUUGACCAUGAUAGUGAGAGAGCUCAAGCACAGAGUCUUGAAGUAAAUGGAUUUAGUUUUGAUGUAGCUGACAAUGCCGGUUUAGAUUAUGCUCUCAAUAGAGCAAUCUCUACCUGGUACGAUGAUCGAGAUCGAUUUAACUCAUUAUGCAAGACAGUGAUGGAACAAGACUGGUCCUGGAAUCGACCUGCACUAGACUACAUGGAACUCUACCACACAGCUUGCAAAUGAG